AUGAAGAACUGCAAUAAGCUACGGCCGUUUUCGAUCGUCAAUUUUCUGUCACUGGCUUGUUUGAUUGAUGUGAUAGCAGUCGAUUAUGUGCCAACGGACAAGAUUCUAUUAAACUGUGGUGGCCCCCCGGAAGCCACGGAUAAAUAUGGCCGGAAAUGGGAAUCGGAUAUCGGUUCAAAGUUUGCACUGUCGAGCUCCAAGUCCUCAACUUCCCCAGCUGCCAUCCAACAACCCGUUGUACCUGAAGGUAAGAUUGCACCCGAGUGCUUUAAGAAAUUUGCUGAAACAGCGGUGAAGUGUUUAUCAGAUGUUGGGAAGGAGAGGCCCUCUAUGGGUGAUGUGCUUUGGAACCUUGAGUUCGCUUUGAAACUUCAAGAAAGCGCAGACGAGUGGCAAGGUAUCGGAGAACUGAAUACUGAAGAGGGUCCAUUUGACGUCACAUGUAAAGAGAAGGAUCCUGAUGCAUCCUCAGGUCUUGAUGACAAUGUAACAGAUUCGAAAAGCAGUGGAAUGCCCAUGAGCAUUGGUAGUCGGAGCCUUGCCAGUGACGACUCAAAUGGUUUGACACCCAGUACUGUGUUUUCACAGAUCAUGAACCCUAAAGGACGGUGA